CGAAGACAGCAAGGGCAAAAUGGGAGACGGUAGAAGCAGCAACGGAAUCCACCAUCAGGGCAUGACAGAUUCUCAGCUGUUCGACAGACAGUUCAAGGAGCUGGUGUCUGAGCUUACCGAGGAUGACAUCACGGACCCCGUGCUCGCAGACGCGCUCAACAGACUCAAGGAGGUUCUGCUCUACAAUGCGCCAGGAGGCAAACGGAACCGUGGCCUGUCUGUGAUUGGCUCGCUGCGAGAGCUGGUUCCCCCCGCCAAACUGUCCCACGAUGAUGUCCAGCGCGCGGUUCUGGUGGGCUGGUGCAUCGAGCUGCUUCAAGCCUUCUUCCUGGUAGCUGAUGACAUCAUGGACUCCUCGCUAACCCGGAGAGGACAACCCUGCUGGUACAAGAGGGACGGCGUGGGUCUGGACGCCAUCAACGACGCGUUCCUGCUGGAGGGGUCCAUCUACCGCAUUCUGCGCAGGCACUGCAGAGGCCAACCCUACUACGUCCACCUGCUCGAGCUCUUCACCGAGACAUCGUUCCAGACGGAGCUGGGACAGGCCCUGGACCUGAUGACAGCCCCCCCUCACAAAGUAGACCUGAACCGCUUCACCUUGGAGAGGUAUAAAGCCAUAGUGAAGUACAAGACGGCCUUCUACUCCUUCUACUUGCCUGUGGCCGCUGCCAUGUACAUGGCUGGCAUUGAGAAUGAAGUGGAGCACAACAAUGCUAAGCACAUCCUGCUGGAGAUGGGCGAGUUCUUCCAGAUUCAGGACGACUAUCUAGAUUGCUAUGGGGACCCCGCGGUGACUGGCAAGAUUGGCACCGACAUCCAGGACAACAAGUGCAGCUGGCUGGUAGUGACGGCACUGGGCAUCAUGAACGCCGAGCAGCGGGCAGAGCUGGAGGCAUGUUACGGGUCCAGUGACCUGGUAAGCGUGGAGCGCGUGAAGGCCCUGUACGACGCCCUAGAGAUGCCCAUUCGUUACCACGACUACGAGGAGCAGAGCUACCAGCGGCUGCUGAAGCUGAUCGAGUGCCACGCGCAGAACCUGCCGCACGCCGUGUUCCUCAACUUCGCCAAGAAGAUCUACAAGAGGAACAAGUGAAUAAAGAACCAGGAGAGGGACGGAUGGAGAACAGAAGGCAGGACAGAAGGAACAACGGAAGAACCAGUAAAAACAAAGGGAGGGAAAAUGGUAGAACGAAAGGAGGAAGCGCCAUAGAGUUACUGUAUGGGAGUUAUCUUAGCAAUUAGCAUUCAGAGAGUUACCCAUGGGACAGUUAGCAUUGAGAGAAGUAGCCAAGGUGGAGCUAUUUUAAAGAGAUAGUUUGUAUAGGGGUGGGGGUGGAAGUAACCAUGGA